AUGCAUUCGAGCAAGCCUUUGGAUAGACCUUUACUUCACCCACAACAGUCUUACUCUAGUGCAAAUCACAAUUCUGUGCUAAACCGUCGUCGUAGUGGUAGCAAAGGCAGCACCACUUCUAAUGGAAGCGUGAGUUCCUUCCAGCACCAACAGAACGACGACCCAAACAGUCCUUUGUCUGGUUCUAUCUCUACCAGUAUGAAUACCGCAUUGGCUGGGCCAAAACAUUCUUUUAUCGAUGCCAGUAGCAAGGAUAAUACUGCUGGAAACUCAGCUGCGUCAUUGGCUGGAUCAGUCACUACAACUACUGGCACUACGAGUAGAUUUGCCAAUGCUCCUCCGCCUCGCAUGCUUUCUCGACGUCCACCACCAUCUACAGGAUCCUUUGCACGUCCACCCACGUCUACAUCUGGGUCUGCCGCCCAAAGACAUUCUUCAAUGGCCAGCAAUACAAAGAGGAAUCCAAUCGAUGCGACGGGUGUAGGACGCGUUGUGUCUGGCUCCACGCAGUUUUCAACCGAAACUGGAUCAUUGGGUUCGGUUGAUGGUGCUAAAAAAACUGUAACUACUUCAAAUAUAACAUCAAACCAUGCAUCGUUUUUUGAUUCGUUUGGUCUUGGUUCUACGACCACUGUUCAUAAUACUAAAACUAGCCAGGAUCAUACUGUCCCUACUAAUGGAUCACACUCACCUACUCGUGUAACAAACGUUAAGCCCCCUACUGGUCCUUUGCAGAAAAAUAUGAAUGCUCAAAAAUUGAUAGAUGAAUUUGGGUUUGAUCAAAUCUCUUCUUCGCAACCUGUAGAUCACAAUGUGUCUUUGACACGCACUGCUGGUGUGCAAUACCAUCAAGAAAGUUCCAAACACAACCAUCAGCAGCCUAAAGUCAUUUCUCCAAAACCUCCAUCUCCUUUACCCAACCAAACUUUUCAGUCUGGCAUACCUCUUCUAAACGCGUCAGUCACGGUUGCUGGACCUCCAUUAAAAAGUCCAGCGUAUACCAAGGAUGAGCAUCAUCAUCAAUUGCAGCAAUCACAGCCAAAAGUUAACGAAUCUACUGUAUCAGCUUCUUUUGAACCUCCCCCUUUGCAUAAUAUGUCUACUACUGUUACUACUCAAGAAAUCAAACCUAAAACUACUUACUCUUCAUCACCUCCAAUAGAAACUGCUGUAUUUAAUGUUGUAUCAGAGUCAAGUGGUCCAGCCAUUGUUCCUCUUGAGCAUGAGGUUUCUGAUGUACAACAACCAGAAAAUGCAUCUUUUUUUGACGAACAUCAUCGUAACCUUGAUUUGCAAGAUGAAAAUCCAUUUAAUGCUGCAAUGCAAUCAAAUUCUGUUGUGCAUGGCGUGUCUUCCCAGUCUAUCCAGACAAAUUCAAAACACUCCAACCAAUUGGCUCUAUCACCUAAUCGCUCAUCACCAGUAGACAUGUCAGCAAACCCUAAUGGUAAAAAUUUGGGUCCAAAGAAUGGUGUUGUCAUGCAAAAUGACACAGAAAUCAACCACCACACCUUUGAUGACAUUGAUACUCGCGAUCGCCCUGCUGGGUUUUAUGAUUUUGCUCUUGGAGGAACAUUGUUUACCAAUUCUACACAUCAUGCGCCAAAUGAUUCGCUGCAGUUUAAUCCCAAUCAUAAUGACGUUGGUGCUUUUAGAGCAACUCAUUCGAGCGAUGUGCAGAAUUUAAAUGAUUUGGAUGAUCUAGUUCUUGGAUCCGUUCCUUUGGCUGAUGUCAACAAACAACAGUCAUCACAUACAGCAGGAAUUCCUUAUUCUGAUUCAAAUGUCGCUUAUCCAAUGUCUGUUACUUCACAAUCGUUGGUCAACCACUUUAUUCCCAGUGAUAUCUCUACUAGUAAUGCGGAGUUUUCACAUCAGGUACAACAACAGCCUGCUUUUGAGUCCAAUACGAUUGAUCAGUACGGUUCUUCUAUGCAACCACAUAACCAGCAAAAUCAGAAUCAAGAUUUUCAGCGUUUAUAUAAUAAUGCACAUGCAGAUGAUGGCUCAAUGGAGGGUAUCGCGUCAAAUGAUGAUACCAUGAUUGAUUCUCAGCAGCAUUUUGCUACUGAUUUUGAUUCCAACACGCAUAAUGGUGUUGGUUAUGAGGAUUACGCUACUGUACAUGGCAGCGCUACAUUAUUUCAACAAAGCGUCGAGCAGCACCAAACUAUACAGCCUGAUUCAUUUGAUACACACAGUCAGAGUUUGACUGAGCGUAAUGAUUUGCAUUCUUUUGGACAUCUGAGCAGUGCGGACAUUCAGCAGCACGAAAAUAUUUUACCCAUGCCUAUUGUACAUUCAGUAUCCAACUACGAAGGUACUGCGCAUACGACAGAGAAUGAUGGUUACAUGUCUGCACCGAUUGUUGAGCCACCUAUUCCAAUAGCUUGGGCAGACGAGUCUCAACGUGAAAGUCUUUCUACAAGCGUUGAACAUAAUUCUUUGGCUGAUCUUGCUGAUUCUGCUUCUAAUCCUUUUGGGUUUGGAAAUCAAUAUAACGGUAUUGAUCCGUUUGGAUUUGUACAAGGGAAUGUUCAGCCGAUUAAUAACGCAAUCUAUGACCAGCCAACUGAUAACACGAUGUAUGGUCAGACGGUUGAUAACACAAUGUAUGAUCAGACGGUUGAUAACACGAUGUAUGGUCAGACUGUUGAUAACACGAUGUAUGGUCAGACUGUUGAUAACACGAUGUAUGGUCAGACGGUUGAUAACGCAAUGUAUGACCAGCCAGCUGAUAACGCAAUGUAUGCACAAAUUCACGAUCCCAACCAGCAGCAAUUCUAUGGUCAAGAUCAACCUAAUAACUUUGAUCAACAGCAACAGAACUUUGACCAGAGGCUUGGAUAUGGUGAGCCACAACAAUUUCCUAACCACUCUCAAGGAUUGGAUCAUCAACAGUUUUAUGACCAACAGCAAUCAUUUGUACCAAAUCUUCAACAUCAAGAUUUAUAUCAACAACAGACACUAGAUUCUCAGCAACAGUCGUUUGAUCAGCAGUUGGUAUAUGAUCAGGAAAAUCAUCAGCAACAGAAUAUGCCCGAUCAACAGAAUCAGGUAGAAUAUAACCAGUCAACCAAUACUCAAGGACAAAAUGAGAAUGCAUAUGGCUGGGAUGGAGCUUUUAUGCAACACCAGAAUGUUCAACAGCCAGUUGACAAGAAAAUUCAAGAUCCAUAUAGUUUUAGUACUCAUGACCAUUUGGUACGACAGCCAUCACCUAGUCAUGUUGAGCAAUACCAUCAUGAUUUUCCUAGCGAACCCUAUAACCCAUCAGCCCAUAUGCCAUUGUCUGAGGCGUCGGCCGUUCAAUCAAAAUCUUCACGGCUAUCUCCAGCACCGCCGUUAAGUACGACAUCAGUAACAUCUGGCUACAGCAAAUCCAAUAAUCAUAUGGCUCAAAAUGCGCUUUCCACCUCUCCAGUUUUGACAAAUGCAUUUGAACAUACUCCUGUAUCGACUACGCGUCAGUGUCCAUCUUGUCUAUGCGAAUGCAAAGCAACAGCCAAGUUUUGUGGUGAAUGUGGGUUGUCCUUAAAACAGAUUGCUCAUGCAACGGAACAUGAGAAAUCUGUUGUUGAAUACGCACCUAAUCCAGCUCAAACUGGAUACGCUACAGAUCAUACUUAUCAACAAUCAGAUUACUCCCAGGUGAACAAUGAAACGGGGGUUUCAUAUCAAUUUGUACCUGAUGUAGGUGUUUCUGGUUCAUCGAAUAUGCCACAUUUUGACGAACAUCAACAGCAACAAAACUAUGCAGAGCCGGCCCAGUUAUACCACGGACAACAGUCUCAAUAUUCUUACAACGGUUAUGAUCAACAGGAACAUUCCAACUAUGACUAUUCCAACAACACCUAUACCGAUCCUCACGCACAACAUGCUCAGGCCAUAUCGCAGUCUCCUGUACAAGCACAACAACCCCAAAAACCUUUGGAAUUUUCAGACCCUCUUAGGCGUCAUCGCGGUCAUGUUUUUGCCUCGUUCGGGUUUGGUGGUAAACUUGUUGUCAUGCGUCCAAGACGACAAGUUUUAUACCUUACCAGUAACACCGGACUUCCAACAGUAACGGAAAAAUCUUAUCCAGGACCCAUUUUGACCAUUAAUGUCAAGAGUAUAUUGUAUUCUGGCAUAACCAAGGAGAUUGAAGUUGCAUUUGAAGGCAAAGGGCCUCUGGUCUGUUCGCGAAAUAUUUGGAACAAGAAAAAACUCAUUUCGCACCUUGACAACUGUUUUUUAAACUCUGAAAAUACCGUCGCCUAUCAAAGCCAAAAAACACUACUAUGGAAAAUGGCAAGACUUGCGCUUGAACAGGAUGGGGUCAUGCUGGGAUCAGGCAAUCAAGCAACUGAAUUAUCAACAGCACAACAAAUACGUACAAUUCUUGAUACUAAAUCUACCAAGCCGAACUCUGGACAGCACAAUGAUCCUCACUUUGAAAUGCAUGCUAUGCUGCUCGAGGGUGAUAGAAAGGGAGCAUGUCAAAUUGCUACAGCCAAUUUGAUGUGGCCACAUGCUUUGAUUAUCUCCAGUCAUGUGGAUCGUCAAACUUAUGCCGAUGUUACUAUGCAAUUUUCACGAUCUGGCUUGCAAACUCCUGCCACCAAGCCGCCACAUGGUGUUCCACUUCCCGGUAUCAAUGUAAUAUACGGUCUCUUUGCUGGUGCUGGUCCGAAUGCUAUUUAUGAAUUUCUGCCUGGUCCAUUUGGCCCUGAGAACAUGCCUCCAGAAGAAUACAUUGAUAGAUGGCGAUUUAUUCUUUCUGUUAUUCUUGCAAACCGUACACCUGGUGACACAGAUGCUAUUUUAGCGCUUGGUGAUCAAUUGGCAACCUAUGGGUUAGUUAAUGAAGCUCAUACUUGUUUCCUGGCUGUUGGUGCAGGACGCAUGCUGACAGGUUCUGAUACGCUAAAUUCUGGAAACUCGAAAAUCAUUAUGCUUGGGGCCAAUCACGUUUCUCAACCCACCACAUUUUUUAAAGACAUUGAUGCUUUCCACAUUACUGAAACAUUGGAAUUUGCACUUACUCUUGGAAGUGGCGGAAUUUCAAACGGAUUCCCACAUUUCCAGGCCUACAAGUUUUGGUACGCAACGUAUUUAUCUGAUCUCGGGUUUCAGAACCUUGCAUUCAAGUAUACAGAGGGUAUUGAGCAUUUUAUAAAAACCUUUAAAAAUGGAUCUCCAUAUUUUCAUCAAACUUUUUGCAACAAGCUUUGCCAGUUUACCGAUCAGCUACUGACUAGCAUGAGUUCUUUUGAAUCUAAAGCUGCAGCAAAAGAUGCAGAUGAUGCAUCUUCUGGCGGCUGGCUAAGGAAGAUUAGCAGUAAUCUCACUGGUGCGGCAUUGGGUCGUGGACUGGAGCAAUUUAUGAACAACGCUGUUGGUGUAGAAGAUGAUAUCACGCAACCUGUGAAACCUCAAGGACCUAUGUACCCGACCACAUCACACACUGAUGGACUAUUAUCUACUCAAUCGUCAUCCAUUCCAUCACAACCAUCCUUGGCUGGUAAUAUGAGUGAAGUUACCACCACUUUGUCUACUACAACAGAGUUUUUUUCAAUGAUGCCUCAGAUUCCUAUUGUUAAAUUAAGGCAUACUCAGAGUAAUCCGACACAUCUUUCUACCUCUAUGACCAGCACUUCAUCUAUUGGUGUUCCAAGUACUUCAAAUGUAGUUAUGCCGUUUGUUUCAUCAGCAGCUAAUGAUAUAUACCAGCAUCAUCCUAGCAACGUAUCUAGUACCGGAGAGCAUGCUCCACUGGGAUCUGUUUCGUAUCCAACAUAUGGUAUGACUCAACCAGAUUUACAUCAGACUUCUCAAUUACCCCCAAUGAAUGCUGGUCAUGGACCAUACGCGUCCAGCUUUUCCCAUACUUCACCUGCACUUUCUUAUCAUGCUGAUCCUACAGAGACUCGGCAGGAAUUACAGCAACCUUCAUAUAUGGAGCAAAAUCAGUACGAGAUGCAAACAGGCGAGUUUACUGGAAACUAUGAUUAUGCUGCCAAUUACGAUACAUCUGCCGGAUAUCCUCAAACUACUUCAUAUGAUCAAAGCACCGAGUAUGCUGCUAACGCUGUACAUGAACAAGGUGCAAAUUAUGAACAGAAUGCCAGCGCAGGCUAUGGCGGUGCUGAGGUGUAUGAGCAAAAUGCAAACUAUGGAUCGUAUGCCGAUACUGGCGAUCAAACUACGAAUACAAUGCAUGCACAGGACCAGCAGCAUUCCCAAAACAAUGGUUAUUACAAUUCAUAUCAUGAUCAAGAUACUCAACAGCAAUUUCAAAACGAGACUCAUUGGAGUUCAUAUCAGGAUAAUCAAAAUGGCCUGCAACAACAUCAGGCAGAUACUCAAUGGAAUAAUUAUACUGAAGAUCCACAGACUUUUCAACCAUCCCAAAAUGACUCUCAAUCUAUUUCUGCUGCUAAUAAUCAAGAAUCUCGAGAUGAUAAACCUCCAAAUGAUACGCACUGGAGUUCUUACCAGAAAAAUGACUAUAGCAGUAAUGGCAUCCAUGAAGAUACCAAUCAUAAUCAACCUCCACUAACUGGACCUUUCUUUGGUGCAUCACAAGAAUUGCCUGGUCAAACUUUGCAAAAUGUUUCUAAAAAAGCAGUUGAUAAUUCAUCAUUUGUUCCAUCUUUUCCCUUGGCAUUCCCACCUCCCGCUAAUAGUACUGCUGGUGCAUUGCCAGCAUUCAGUCCCGUAGUACCUCCCGAACCUGAUGCUGUUGACGAUUUUGGAUUUGACAACAAAUCAAUUCGAAAAGCCAAAUCUGCAUUUGUUUUGCGACCUUCAUCUCCUCUUAAAGCUGGCGAAAAUGCUCCUUCCGAACCGGUUCGUCGCAAUUCUGGAUCUGAACAACCUACUGAAAAAGACAAGACGAGCCCAACUCCAGCAGGAACUCCAGAUCCGGCAGGUGGGGCCCGCAAUUCACGAACUAUCUUAUCCUACUUUGGAUCUAUGUUUGGUCGUCCAUCUAAACCUGAUGAUAAAGACUCUGCCACUCAAGCGUUUCUUCCAUCUGGAAAUGCAUUGGUAUUUGACAAGGAUCUUAAAAAAUGGGUUACCAAGGGUGGUGAACCAGUUGGUGGACCUGAGAAACAAUUGGCACCACCUCCCAUCAAACAUAUGGCUGAAACGGGUGCACCGACUGAGAUGAAGCCUGCCAUGGGAGCACCAACUCUUGGAUCUGCUGAAACCCCACCAGGUCCAAUGGGGCCAACAUUAAAUUCCAAACCCUCGACUGGAUCACUCGGUGCUAGUCGUCGUAGUGCUCGAAGUAGAUACGUCGAUGUAAUUAAUCCAAAUGCUGCCAAAGAAAGUGUUCCUGCUAUCAAUUUAGCUUUACCAACUCGUUUUGGAAUGCCAUCGGAGCAAUCUCAACCCAAAAUCAUGAUGCCUCCCUUCCAACAACAAGCUAAUGGGUCUACAUCUAGUUUCUAUGAUGAUUUUGUCAAAUCAAACGACUCGGCUGCAAUGGAGACUCAGCCUACUUCUAAUGAUCAAAGCGUCACACGCGAUAAUCAACAAGAUUUACCUGUUUUGGAUGGCCAGCAUCUUGCUUCAACCGAAAAGCAACACCAACCACCUUUUAUGGCACGUAUGGCUGAUGUGCCAGCUCGAAUAUCCUCGGUUCCCCCACUUGAUACGUCCCAUCCUCAACCUCCUUCAGCUCGUUCUUCAAGCUCAUUGAGUAAUCACCCUCAAAACAUAGCAUCAGCAAAUCGGUCUUUUCACUCUUUAUCUAGCCAGCCUUUAUCGACUGUCUACAUGUCCAAUUCUGGAGUGCAACAACCUCAUCAUCCCAGUACAUUUUCCGAAGUCAACUCUUCUGGCGAGUUUCAAACACAGCCUGGAAUGACUCGACUAACUCCUCGUCUAGCUAAUCGGGUUGUUUCAAAUAGCCGCCAAGGCACACCACCUUCUGAUCUUUAA